AUGAACCAAGCAGAAGAUGUAGAGGUCAUCCUCGGCCACAAACGCCGCUACAAAUUCCACUCCGGAACCCUCGCGAGAAACUCCACGCUCUUCGCAGGCAUGCUAACCGAGCCCAACGCCGCGAAGCUCAGCAACCGCGCAAGAGGCGCAGGUAUCCAGAUCCGAUGGAUGAUCGAGCUGAGCCGACUGCCAUGUGACCAGUAUCCCGCGGGGUGUCUGGAGCUAGUCGAGUUGACGACUACGGGCGAGCGCGUCGACGGCCGCAAUGGGCUCAUUGUCAACGAAAAUGGUCGCAUCCCGCAAGCUGGCAAGGCGUUUGGCUACUACGAAUCCAUCUUCUACGCCUUUUACAAUAGGGAGCUUACUAUUGAUGACUCGGAUAUGCACGCUGCGCUCUCGGACUGCUACCAGUUGCUGCAGAUUUCGGAUUAUCUGGGCUGCACGGGUCUGAUCUCCAAGCCCAUCGAAGUCGCGCUGCUCAAGCAUGGUCAAGACCUCUUCCGCGCCAUCCAAGGUGCGCCGUACGCGUGGAUCGAAAUGGCGCACCGCAUCCGCAGCGAGCUCAUCUUCAAAGAAUGCAUCAUCCACCUCGUCGGCAACUGGAAGACAUUCAAGGCGCAACCCGCGCUAACCGAGCGCCUCCGCGACGUACCCGGACUACGCACCCUAGUGGAAAAGUACCACCGCGUGCUCCUCACAUCCUGCAGGGCCCUCGAGCUGGGCAUCAUGUCGCUGUACCCCGGCGACAUGCGGCUCCCCGUAGCCGACCUGCCCAUCAAGCGCGAAGCCUACGCCAAAGACAUCCUAGUAUGGAUGGGCCUAACCUUCUUCCGGCACUGCAUCGCGCAGCGCCUGAUCAUGGAAAAGGGCCGCGCAGCCCCCGACUGCGGGUUCGAACUGUACAGCCAGCUCGGCGCCGGCGGCGACGCGUAUCUGGACAAAACCGUCAUCACCCAGUUCCACACGCGCUUCCCCAUGACGAAGAAGGCGCUUAAUGUCCUGGAGAACCACAUCCUAGAGAUCAAGGCGUGCAUGAAGCGCGUCGUUGAACAGCAUGGCUUGCUCAAGUCGAACUGCCAGCUCGAUGUGCAUCGCUUUCCUGUUGGGUAUUUGACCUGUGUUGUGUUCAAGAGGGAGGAUUUCCCGUGGUUGGGAGAGGCGGCGAAAUUGGCGGCUAAGCCGAUGGGGCGCGAGUAUAAGGCUGGUGGGAAUGAGAUCUCUAGACUCAAUCUUGCGACGGCGAAGCGGAGGGCUGAGCGGAGUUUGAGCGGCGAGGAGGGGGAGGAGCUGCGGGAGGGUCGGUAUGAGGAGGAGUCGGAUGGGCAGUCUGAGCGGGCGAGCAAGCGGGGUCGGUAUGAGUAGGUAGAUGUCUUCGUGCUGGAGUUAGGGCGGUGGGAUUGUGCUUCGGGUUAUGUGGUGUAGGCGGGGGUUGCACUUGGACAUGUGAGGAUAGAUAAAAGGCGUUCCGAGUAUUAUGGGUGUGGAUUGGCUUUCUUCCUCAUUGCGGAUUGGCGGCGUCUGGUUGGGUUUCCGGAGUUGGUUGGAAAAGUUUAGCAUGGCGUUACGAAUGCCUCCUGGCCCCUGGAUGGCUGAUGCAAUCCCAGCUCUUGAUCAUGGUAUGUACUCUUCAGACACCUAUUCUGCAAAAUGUAAGUAGUGUGUGUUAGUAAUGCGAAUCACUCCAGCCAGGAUUGUGACGAAAAGAAAAUAUGCUUCAUGCAGUACACUGUCGCAGUCCCGAGGAUCUACAUUGCCGAUGUUUGCU